CAGGUUUGAGCUGAGCCCGUGGAUGAGAGAAGCCUGCUUGGUGGUGAGGGCCCACCUGGGCCAUGGAAGAGGGGCCCCAAAGAGCAAAGAGCUGCUGUCCAGCAGCAGCCUGGUCCUGCAGGAAUGGUUCCGGGUGUCCAGCCAGAAGAGUUCUCGGGCCAGCAAGGUGGCCAAGUACCUGCAGGCCCUGGACGAGCUCUCCCCGGCCCUCCUGGCGCACGUCAUCAACCUCUCCGACGGCAACGGGAACAUGGCGCUCCACUACAGCGUCUCCCACUCCAACUUCGACAUCGUCCGGCUCCUCCUCGACACAGGUGUCUGCAACGUCAACCACCAGAAUAAAGCAGGCUACACGGCCCUCAUGUUGGCUGCGCUGGCGACCAUGGAGCGGCAGGACGACAUGGCCGUCGUCCGGCGCCUCUUCGACCUGGGCAACGUCAACGCCAAGGCCAGUCAGGCCGGGCAGACGGCGCUGAUGCUGGCGGUCAGCCAUGGGAGGCAAGAGAUGGUGCAGGCCCUCCUGGCGUGUGGGGCAGACGCCAACCUGCAGGACGAGGAGGGCUCCACCGCACUCAUGUGCGCCUGCGAGCACGGCCGGGCGGAAACCGUGCGGCUGCUUCUGGCGCAGCCAUCCUGCGACACCUCCAUCGUGGAUCAUGACGGCAACGAUGCUGUGGCCAUCGCCUUGGAGGCCGGACACGACAACCUCGCGGCUCUGAUAUCUGCCCACCUCACACAGUCCGCAGACAGGUGAGUGCACCCCCUUGGCAGAGGUCCAGGUGCCCUCACCAACUAGCCCUUAGCUUCUCUGGACUGAAGA